CAACAUAUGAGUGUCCAUUCGGGCGAAAGACCACAUUUGUGUGAUUACUGUACUAAAGCAUUCAAUCGAGCCGGAAACCUCAAGAGACAUAUGCUUAUCCAUACAGGGGAAAAACCAUAUGCGUGCGACAAUUGUUCAAAGGCGUUUCCGUAUGCUUCAGUUUUAAAGAAGCACAUGAGAGUUCAUACUGGCGAAAAACCGUAUUCGUGUGCGUGUUGUUCAAAAGCGUUUUCACUGCUUUCAUCUUUAGGAGUCCAUAUGAGAGUCCAUACGGGUGAAAAACCACAUUCCUGUGAUCAGUGCUCCAAGGCGUUUUCCACUGCUGGACACUUAAAGCGACAUAUGAUUGUCCACACUGGGGAAAAGAAGUAUUCCUGUGAACUUUGCUCAAAGUCAUUUUCUCUUAAAGAGAACUUGAAAACUCACAUGAGACUUCAUACUGGCGAAAAACCAUAUUCUUGUAAACAAUGCUCAAAGUCUUUUGCUGCUGCAGAGAACUUGAGACAACAUAUGAGAGUUCAUACUGGCGAAAAACCAUUUUGGUGCGACCUUUGCUCAAAGGCAUUUGCGCAAGCUUCUUACUUAAAAGAGCAUAGAAGAGUUCAUACUGGCGAAAAACCAUUUUCGUGCGAGUAUUGUUUGAAGGCGUAUUCUCAACAAUGUGACCUGAAGAGACAUAUGAGAAGCCAUGCUGGUUAA